AUGAGAGACUCGAAUCACAGGUCUGUUGUUUUGAACAGAUCGAGCAUAACUAUUACGUCGGCAGUUUACGACCGCCGAGCACUUGAUUGCAAUUCAGAAAUUCCAUUAAUAAAUUCUUUAAACCAUCUCACAUACCUGACAUCUAAUUCAGCAAAGGUUCGAGAAACAGUUGCUAGUGACGGGGCGCUGGUACGUCUCGUAUCAAUUCUCCACGAUUGCUAUAUUGCAGUUCAGGAACUGUCGAGUGUGCAACUACGAUAUAGCCUUACACCAGUGGAGAAGGUUGCAAGAGAAAGGAAGUUAGCGAUGGUGGCUUGGAAAUGGACGUUAGCAUUUCAAUGUUUGGUCUUGACAGGAACAAGAGGCACUGAACAGAUAAGGAAAGAGGUUGUUUAUUCCGGGGUAAUACCAAUUCUUGCAACCGUUUUAGACAACUAUCUCAUUUUCGAGAAGAACUACGAUUUCUUGCAAGACAAGACCAUCGAGUUUGAUUUUAAGAAAUUCAAUUACACUGAAAACCCUUUAAUGAGUGAAUUUUUCAAGGAUGAUAAUCAGCUUCGCCAACUUUGUGAGUUAUACAAAACUUUAGUGAAGGACGAGCCAUCCGAAGGCAUAAUAGCCUGUGGUGACAACCUAUGUGAGCCUAACAUCAUGCGCCUUUCUACCACAUUUAAUGAAUUGUGGAACACUUCAAUGAGCCGAAAUGGUCGGAAAGAACUGGAAAGUGAUAACUACGAUAACAUAGUCGUCUCCAUUCCACGCAGCUUUUUUAUGGGUAAAAUAAUACCCAAAGCAGACGAUGUUACAUGGUCCUUGCAACUUUUAGCAUUUAUUUCGAAAUACACAUACAUGAAACCACAUCUACAAAAGGUUCAGCUGGUAGAAUCUCUCUCCUUAAGAGUGGUAUUGACAAAUAUUCGCAUGAAACAAGAGCAAGGUCUCGAUAUGACGCCACUAAGAAUUAGUGAUGUAGGAGGUUUGCAGGAAGAUGAAGAUGAUAUAGAAGAAUUGAAUGAGCCGGACGAUAUAAUGAUCGAUCGUGAUGAUCCAUUUUUGAUAGAAAUUGAAUCACUAUGCGGUGCUUUAAAGUCCGUUGACUUUCCUAAGAGAUGUAAGGAUCAGCCUAUAGUGGAUUUUACUGGCCACGGGAAACCCCUGUCACGGAAUGAAAGAUUUCUCAAUCUUAAAGGUGCUUUUGAAAAGCAAUGCAACUAUGAUACGGUUGUCAAGACAUUAAAUUCAGAAACCUGGGAUCAUAUUAUGAAUAUGAAAUUUCUCAAUCUCUUUCCGUUAGUAGAACGUUUCACGGUAAAAAGAGAAAAUGAGCGGGAUAUGACAUACUGGAGCUCAGUUAUUAUGAGAAAUUCAUGUCGUAAAAACGAAACUACAGGAGUUAGGCAGUGUGCCAACUUUGCUUGCGGAAAGUGGGAGGAUUAUCCAAAGCAAUUCGCAAAGUGUCGUAGGUGUAAAAGAACCAAGUAUUGCUCACGAGAAUGCCAGCUCCAUUCUUGGAAUUACCACCGAUAUUGGUGUCAAGAAGUCGGUAGCUCUUCGAUGGGGGCGAGUUCAACAGCCAACGGCACGGGUACUAACACGCCCAAUGAUGGGGUAGCGGGGACUGAAUCAACAACAACAACGGGGACACCAACGACGGACAAUGGACGUUCAAUUUUGAGCACUGCAGAAACGGUGGGAGAGCCACAAAGGAUAAGAAAUACUGCUACAAGGGUAAAUGAGGAAGAUGAUGGCAAUGGCAUCUGA